UAUAGACUCUGCAUGAGGGACUGCUUUCAGCGAGUUGGAAACAUUCUUUAUUUACAGAAAAUAACCGGUCUGCAUUUAAUCUUUGUUUCUCUUUUUUGUGGUGUUUGUAGUCUGAUAUCUGGAUUUUGCUUGACACUCAAAAAUAGGAAAACUAGACCUGUGGAAGUCCAGAGUGAAGCAGAGGCAAGAGUGAUCGGGUAGAGGAGAGUUUUUCACAAAACAAGAGAGAGGAGCAAUAAAGGAGAGCAAAGGAGACCUUUUGAUAGAAGCUGGCAACAGAAGAGAAGAGAAAACAAACAUGACUUAUCGACUCUUUGAGGGAAAGGAGCAUGCUUCUAUCUACCAGCAGUAUCGCUUUACUCCUCCAGAUGAGGUCAAGAACGUUAUUCUUCAGUAUCUGGAUAGAAAGAAGGGAAAGCCACAUGUGCUGGCAGUGGAUCUCGGAUGUGGGACAGGUCAGAACUCCCGGCUGAUGGCACCACAUUUUCAGGAAUUGGUGGGCAUAGACAUCAGUGAGUGUCAACUGGAGGAGGCCAGGAGUGUGCCAGGGUAUCCUAACAUUACGUACAGGAAGGGGACAGCAGAGGAGCUUCCUUUUCCUGACGGCUCUGUUGACUUGCUGACAGCAGCGUCAGCUGCUCACUGGUUUGAUCAGUCAAGGUUUCUGCCUGAGGCCCAUCGGGUUCUUAAACCUCGGGGAUGCAUUGCUCUGAUGGGCUUUAGUGACUCCAAAACCAGACUUUACUUCCAAGACUGUGGAGAGAGUCUCAACGAAAUCUAUGAAGAGGUAAAGCAGAGGCUGUUACCAUACACGAGCAAUCCAGUGUCUGUAGCUGAGGGAAAGCUGGAAGAGCUCUACUCAGCCAUCCCUUUCCCAGACAAAGAGAGGAUUGAGUGUAUUCGAGUGAACACAACUAUCUCGGUGAGGAACCUGGUGGGUUUCUUUGAGUCCUUCUCCAUGUACCAAACCUACAAUGCUAAAGAUCCCAGUAGUGCUCGAGAACUCCUGCUCAACGCUCAGAAAAGGUUUCUAGAGGAGAUGGGAGCCACAUCUCCUGACACUGAAAUGGGAAUCCAGCAGGAAUAUUUCUGUGUCCUGGCAUCAAAACCACAAUAAUUCAUAUUCAUAAUGUGGAAGUGGAGCUUUGUUUUAAAAGUUUGAAACCUUGCAAGGAUUGGAUUUUUUUUUCCAUUCAGAUAGAGUGAAACUCUGAUAACUUGCAAAAAUCAUACUCCUUAACACGCCUGCUUUUUGUCAUAAGAGAUUCUAUUUGAACCACUUGUGUUCUUAUGCACUAUUUUAUAUAUCUAUAUCUAUAUCUAUAGAUAUAGGGAUAUAUAGAUAUAGACAUAUAUAUAGACAUAUAGAUAUAUAUGGCUGUGGAGCAUCUACAGAUUUUUUGUUUAGUGCAUCUAUGUUUCAUUUGUCUUAAAAUAAGUCUCAAUUUGCAUUGGAUCUAUCUCAAACAUUCAGCAAGAGAACAGCUGAUACCCUGCAGUCUUGAACACACACUGAGAGGUUACAUAACAGGAAAAAUACAUUCUAACAGGCCUACAACUGUUGUUUCACAGAAGGGGUGCUUCGUUGAUGCUUGGGCUUGAAGGUGAAGUCAAAUGUUUUUAGGCAAAAGCUCUGUGUGGCACAGCUGGUGGCCCAUUUACUUGUUUUAACUGCUUCAGUGCUCCUCUGUUAUUCUCUGCUCUUUCUCAGGGGGUCAAAUGAAGCUCUGCCCUGCUGACAGUUCCUAUUAUACCUGCUAUGUGCAUUCCAGAUGAAGCUGACGUAAUCAUGGAACAGCUUUUGUAGGGAGGUUAAAAGGAUGCAAAUCUGUACAAUGUACUUUUAAAAUGCAGGGUUCUUUUAUUCAUCUGCAACAGAGCGUGCAUGUAAAUAAAAAUGAUUUCCUUGAAACCAGUGCCUAAUGUUAAAAAUGCAAUAAA